AUGCGUCAUUCCUUUUCUUACUUGAUACCCUUUUCGAUUCUGUUUUGGACUGUUGCUAUUGCUUCCGAUUAUUAUGAACAGUUAAUUCUUAAACCGUUGCCUCAAUCUACCGUUCUCGCCAGCUUCAACUUCAGAUCCAAUACUAGUUUGUCGCAAUUCGAAGCGCACAAUUUCCAAUACUUUCCUCGAUCGCUAGGACAAAUAUUACAACAUGUGGGAACAAGAGAGUUACAUCUGAGGUUCAGCUUAGGGAGAUGGGAUGCCGAGAGCUGGGGAGCAAGACCAUGGGAGGGUACUAAGGAGGGUGGAACAGGCGUCGAGCUGUGGGCAUGGCUUGAAGCAGACACUGAUGAAGAGGCCAGUCGCAAGUGGUUGAGUCUAACAAACGCACUAUCCGGCCUCUUCUGCGCUUCGCUAAACUUCAUCGACGAAACUAGAACGACUCGCCCAGUCAUGUCCUUCCAACCCGAAGGAGACCACUCGAACACCACCUUGGCUAAUAUGCAAUUAUUACAUGGUGUACUGCCGAGGGAAGUAGUUUGUACGGAGAACUUGACGCCGUUUUUAAAGCUGCUGCCAUGUAAGGGAAAGGCCGGAAUAUCGACUCUACUUGAUGGACAUAAACUCUUCGACGCAUCUUGGCAGAGCAUGGCGAUCGAUAUUCGACCGCUGUGUCAAGAUGGUCAAGAAUGCGUGCUGCAGAUUGAGCAAACAAUCGACAUGGUCUUGGAUAUCGAAAGGUCUAAACGACCUAGGGAUAACCCUAUACCGCGACCGCUACCAGGCCAUGAGCUGAAAUGUAAUUCGUCAAAACCAUAUCAUUCCGGAGAUACAUGCUUCCCUACCGACUAUGCAGAGGGUCAAGAGUGGGCGCUCGAUCAAAUCUUUGGCAAGACAAUUAAGGGAGCUUGCCCAUUGACUGACCCAGAUGUCCCUCCUAUCUGUAUCCAAGUUCCUCAUAGCAGGGAUAUCUACACAACUGCUGGUGCGAGCGAGAUUAAAAAUCCAAAUCAGCUCUCACGAUGCUACCAAGUUCCACUGGAAUCUGACUUCUCGAUGAUUCUCCCCCAUAUGUCACGAGAAGGCGAACAUCCCAAAACGAAUGCCGAUGAGAUUGUCGAGCCCGAAACUCCGCUUUUAUAUGCGGAGCGUAGCUUUACAGGCCACGGAUACGAGCGCGGUGGUGUAAGGACCAUCCUCACUAAUCCGAGCCCAGAUACGGAGGUUGAAUUCUUUUAUAUGGAAAGUUUACCUUGGUUCAUGAAAAUCUACCUUCAUACACUUACAACUCAUAUCAAUGGAGUACCAGGGUCAAAUGAUGACAUCAUCGAGGAGAUUUAUUACCGGCCAGCUCUGGACCGUGUCCGAGGAACACAGCUCGAGCUUCGGAUGCGCAUUCCACCAGCUAGCACAGUUUUUCUUACGUACGAUUUUGAAAAAUCCAUCUUACGGUACACCGAAUAUCCACCAGACGCCAACCGCGGCUUCGACGUUGCGGCGGCUAUCAUAACCAUUUUGCCAUCCACAUCCCCAGACGCCCCAUUGGCGCGACAGAAGACAUCAAACCUACGGACUACAUCCCUCCUCCUCAGCUUGCCAACACCAGACUUCAGUAUGCCGUAUAAUGUCAUCAUCUUCACAAGCACGGUUAUUGCCCUUGCGUUCGGUGGCUUAUACAAUAUAUUAAUUCGACGAUUUGUGGGAGCUGAUGAGGGCCCUGAGGCUAAUGGUGGUGGUCUAAAGAAUAAGAUUAUCGCAGGUGUUGCGAAACUAGUAAGAAAAUUAAAAGGAGCGAAAGGAAAAGUAGACUAA